AAUUAAAUUUUUGCUGAAUUUGGAAAUCUAGGCAGCAGCAGCUUACUUUUUCCCUGCAUCUCUCUGGAAUCGUUUCUGGGAUAUUUCCAAAUCAUCACAGAAAGCAGGAGGAAUGAACCGGCAGCUAGUGAAAAUUUUGACAACCUUGUUUGCAUUUUUCUUAGAGACAAACCACUUCAGGACGACUUUCUGUAAAGAACAUGAUUCAAGAUCUGGAAAAUCCCCCUCACAGACCCUGUCUCCUUCAGAUUUUUUGGACAAAUUGAUGGGAAGGACAUCGGGGUAUGAUGCUAGAAUCAGACCAAAUUUUAAAGGUCCUCCAGUAAACGUUACUUGCAAUAUUUUUAUCAACAGUUUUGGAUCAGUCACAGAAACCACAAUGGACUACAGAGUGAACAUUUUUUUGAGGCAGCAGUGGAAUGAUUCACGUCUGGCUUACAGCGAAUAUCCCGAUGAUUCCCUGGAUUUGGAUCCCUCUAUGUUGGAUUCUAUUUGGAAGCCAGAUUUAUUCUUUGCCAAUGAGAAGGGAGCAAAUUUCCAUGAUGUCACAACAGACAACAAGUUGCUGAGGAUUUCUAAAACUGGAAAGGUGUUGUACAGUAUCAGGCUCACUUUAACCUUGUCCUGUCCCAUGGACUUGAAGAAUUUUCCUAUGGAUGUACAGACAUGUACAAUGCAGCUCGAGAGCUUUGGUUACACCAUGAAUGAUCUGAUAUUUGAGUGGCUAAGUGAUGGACCUGUGCAAGUUGCAGAGGGUUUGACCUUGCCACAGUUUAUUUUAAAAGAAGAUAAAGAACUUGGUUAUUGCACAAAACAUUACAACACUGGAAAGUUUACAUGCAUUGAAGUCAAGUUUCAUUUGGAGCGUCAGAUGGGAUACUAUUUAAUCCAGAUGUACAUUCCUAGCCUGCUGAUUGUCAUUUUAUCCUGGGUUUCUUUCUGGAUCAACAUGGAUGCUGCUCCAGCCAGAGUUGCACUGGGCAUCACUACAGUUUUGACAAUGACCACACAAAGCUCAGGAUCAAGAGCUUCCCUCCCAAAAGUCUCCUAUGUAAAAGCUAUCGACAUUUGGAUGGCUGUGUGUCUCCUCUUUGUCUUUGCUGCUUUGCUGGAAUAUGCAGCAGUCAACUUCGUUUCACGGCAGCACAAAGAGUUUCUGAGGCUUCGGAGAAGGCAAAGAAGACAAAACAAGGAAGACGAAGUUGCUCGUGACAGCCGAUUCAAUUUCAGUGGCUAUGGCAUGGGCCACUGCCUCCAGGUCAAAGAUGGCACAGCAGUCAAGGCUACACCACCCAACCCAACUCCAGCACCACCAAAGGAUUCAGAUUCCAUCAAAAAGAAGUUUGUUGACCGUGCAAAAAGGAUUGAUACAAUAUCCCGUGCUGCGUUCCCACUCGCCUUCCUCAUUUUCAACAUCUUUUACUGGAUUACAUACAAAAUUAUACGGCAUGAGGACAUUCACAAGAAAUAGGCAACUCUGGCUUGCCAGGACUUCUUAGCCAAAGUGAUCCACCUGUAAAUAAACAGCGAAAUGUCAUUCUGUCAUAUGGACUAAGGGUUUCUUCCCCACUCCCCCAGAACACUGGAGAAUAAAAUAGCAAAGAGGAAAAGAAGUGUAGAAGGAAAAGUGAUUCCAUGACAAAAUAUGCAGUGAGACCAGUCAAGAGGGUCCCCCCAUGUACUCCUAGUGUGUUCUUCCAGAUUCAGCAUCGAUCAGACAUCUGUAAUUGGGGCCAAAUUAUACCCAGCUUUAUCACCAAGAUAUUACCUUUCAGAACAAAAGAGAAUCAGAAAACAAACAAUUCUCCUAAAGCAUCUUUCAAGAGACUGUGGUGGCUACAGUACAGUGAGUUAUAAGAGGACCAAAAUUUUUCAGGAUAAUGUUGCCUUUCUAUUUGAAACAAGUCUACUGAGCUACAUUCCAUGAUCAUGUCUGUAGGUAGUGGUUUCACCAAGGAGUCCUUUUGUGGGUUGUAAAUUAUUUCUACUGAUAGGGGAGAGGGAAAAAAAAAGGAAAAAAAAAUUUAUACUUUACUAUCCUUGUGGGUGUGCAUUUUAAUAUUAUCUUGCUUUACUAGAAUUGUAAUUUUGGGGUUGAACUUGUGCGUCAUGUGAUUUAUUUGAUAGUUGACACUCCAAAACCAGUGAAACUGCCCGGUUUAUUUCUGUUGGGAGACAGUGCACUUACUUCAUUUUAUUUCUGCUGAUUUUACAUGCAACUUGAGGUGCCAAACUGUAUUUUACCUAUUGUGCUACCCUGUACCACACUACUUAGUAAGAACUUGUUUCCUCAAAGGUGUAGCUCAGUUUAGCAUUGAGUUUCUAUUAUCGCUCUCAUUGUAGCUGCAGUCAAUAGCUCUAUAGGUAAACACAACUUGUUUACAGACCUCUAAUUUAUAUCUUUACUCAAAGUGGCUAUCAUUUUAAAUAUCAUUAAUUAACCUAAGAAUUUUAAAACUGUACUGUGAUUUUCAGAACCUGUUACCUUUUGGUGCCGGAUCUGCGUUAUUCAAAUCCUUGCUACAUGUUUU